UUGUAAAGUUGUGUGAAUUUUUCAAUAAAUUCUUUUGUCAAAACCACUUGCAAUCUGAUUCAUAGCUGAGCGCCUUGCCGCCGGUUACAUAUGCUAAAUUUUAAGCCCUGUAACCAUUGAAGUAACAUGACUGUUGGACUAUGGUGUGCCCUAAAGGAGGUAUGGCAGAGCAAAAGAAAGCAGGGUACAUUUGUCGUCACACAUGUUCAAUACUGUAACAUAGCAGAGUAUAGCUUUCCAAUUCAUCCCCCUCCAUAUACAGACUUGCCAUGACCACAUCAUGAUUUAUUUUUUCUUAAACUGAUUUUCUGUUAAAUUGCUUUUAUUUAAGUCAAGUGCCACAUCCUCCAAAGAUGAAGUCCAAACAUGUUAGGAGAAGCCAGUCUAUGACUAAUAAGACCCCUGGUUAUAUGGCACCGCGACCGCCAGGGACCAGCCCUAGUGACAGCAACAGGAUAAAGUACAGGAGUCAAACAAGACAGAUUAGUUCCUUCUCCGCUAAUGCAGGUUUGCAAAGUUGUAGGCAAGAAUGGGAGCUUCCGAAAUUAUCCAUCAAAAAUAUUGAACUACGAAUAACAAGUGCUCUUCACAGUGAUGUACCACUCCAAUCACCUUGCAAUCGUUACAGCACUAUUCAACGUUUUCGACUUCUUAACAACCCAUCAUCCUUACCACUGACACCCAACACAUAUGAAUCUACGAGCAGGAUGUCUGACUAUUCGUCGUUACAAGGCUCAGGGAGAAUAAAGCUUCCAAAGACUUUAGCUCCUCUGUCAAGAGAGGGAAGGACGUCUCCUGCAGAUACCAGACAAGAGUGUUCCAGGAAUUCUUUGUAUCCUGGACAUGAAUUGGUUGGAGAUGUUCUUGACUUGGAUAACUUGCAAAGUCCUUCCAAAUGUCAGCCCUCCUUGGCCAAGAUAUUUGUUUUUGACUCAGAAGACAGAGACAUUGUUCAACCCCCGUCCUCCCCCUGUGAGGAAAAUGGGCUGGAAUUGGAUUACCCACCCUCCCCCCGUGCGGACAAUAAACUGGAAUACAAGAAAAGUGAUGACAAGGAAAUUGAAUUGGACAACAAUGAAAAUACCGUCAGAGAAAAUAUUAACCAAGAAACAGUUAAAGACAAAAAGGAUGAAGAAUUUCUUGCUGGUAGUAUCAAGGAAAAGAAUGAAAACAACGCGGAAGAACCCAGUUCGAUAGAAAACAAAGAAACACAUUCUUCCUGUAACGAUUGCGUAGUAAAUGGAGGUUGUGAUGACGAUGAUGAUUGUUGUAAAACUCAGACAUUUUCUACAACAGAUCUAUCAAAGUUUUGGAUUCCUUGUACAAAAAAUGGAGAAACAGGUCUUGGGAAUAUAGGUAAUGCUACGAAGACAUCCAACAGUGAGCAAAAUAGUCCAAGUCUAGAGAAAAAUAAUACCAAUGAACUAAAAAGUACGAAUAACGUUACGAAUAAAAUGGUUGACGAUAAAGAGAGAACUGCAAUUGUAGAUGAAGCGAGAAAAGACGAAAAUAGGAAAAACUCUGUUUCUUUUUAUGUGGACUUUGGUGGCAUCAAAACUCAUAAGUCUGUGAACCGAACUUGGAAAUGUGGGAGAGUUUUAAGCAAUGAAAAACUUAAUAAGUGUGAAGAAUGUACAAAUCGUUUGCCUGAGAAGAAAACUUUCUGGAUUUCUUUAGAUGGAGAGACAAGUGAUGGUGAAACUGAGGGUGUCUCUGGCAAGAAAAAAUGUGUUGAGAGAAAAGGCAGUUCAUCAGAAGAAGGAGAACGUUUUUCGAGAAGAGCACAGUCGUUACCAGAAAAUAAGUUACUUCUUAAACCAAAGUUCAUUUCUAAGAACUGUAUUGAUUUAGAUGUUGAAACUCAGGAACAAACAUUAAGGGAAAAAUUCUUAAUCGUUUCUGAAGAGUCUUUUGAGAUUCAACCAAAACGUCCUGAAGACUCAAGGAAUGAAGUUUCUGAAGCUGUUGCAAAGGAUGACAAGGAAUUGGAGGAUGGAUUGAAGUUUUAUUCAGAAGAUACGUUUGUCAUCGAGAAAAAUGUCCAGGAAAGUGGUGGACAGUCGGGGAAUACUAUCACACAGGGAACGAGUGAGAGGGAUCAGGAGGUGACAGUUAAUAAGGUGGAUGAGUGUAAUGAUGGUGCUAGUGAACUAGAUAAGGACGGAAAGGAAAACAAGAGGGUCGUUGCUGGAGAACAUGGUGAAUUAAAAUCAAGCAUUGUAUUACAGUCUUUAAGCUUGGAUGACGAUCAACAACAUAAUGAAGAAAAUGAAAAGAGCAUUAGCACCGAAACUACCAAUCCACACUGUAGCAGAGAAGUGAAACCACAAACUGAAUCUGCUAAGGAAGUUGUCAAAACUUUAAAGAAAGAUAUGCCAGUGUUUUUAAAGACAGCGUGGUCAAACGAUGGCCAAUCAGAGGAACAACCACUUGGGGUUCAAAUAUGCAAUGCCUUCCCCUCGCCUGUCCCACCUGUCAACUUCAAACCAGAAGUACAACCACCGAUUGGGAAUAGCUUAGGAAAGACUAAACCAAGGAAGACUAACUCAGGAAAACUAAAGAAAAAAGCCUCCACUAAAGAAUCUAAAAAGAAGGAUGAUAAAAAUACCAUUGGGAAAGAACAGUCAUCGUCUUGUGGGAAAAGAGGAAAGAAAGGAAAAAAGGGAAAAGGAAAGAAAACAGAACCGAUGUUCAAAGAGAUUUCAGUCCACCAGUCUUUUGGUUGCACGGGUUAUGAUAGCGUAACAUCAAAUGUGGCUUGUGAGAUUAAGGAAGGUAUGCUGAGUCCUGAUUUAGACAAGGUGCCAACUUUGUCCAUGGACUCAAGAGGCACUACCAAGUUAGUAAAAAGGAAAUUUUCUAUCCUGAGUCCAAUACCUGAAUCCCCACGAAGUACUGUAUCAGUAACACCCAGGACUGGAGAUGAUGGUGGUUCUGGAGAGAACGAUGUUGUUUGUACUUUGGAGGGUCCGAUACCUGAAUCCCCACGAAGUACUGUAUCAGUAUCACCCAGGACUCGAGAUGAUGGAGGUUCUGGAAAGAAAGAUGUUGCUUAUACUUUGGAGGUACCAGAGACGUCUCAAGUGAAUGAGGAACUCGUGAAACAAGAGGAAAGACAAACAGAAUUGAUGGAAGAAGAGAAAGUAGUGACUGGUGAUGAAGAUGACGAUGUUAGUGGUGGUGGUGGUAUUGUCAACGAUGACAAACAAGACGAACAGAUCGAGGUUUUUGAUGAAGGAGUUGAUGAAGUAGAUGGUGGGAUGUUUUCAAGGUUUUUUAAUAUGUGUAUGCCACGUUUGAAGAUGGUUUCGCCUGAAUCUGAUUCUGAAGCACUUGCGAGUGAAGGUGAUGAUGAUGAUGACCACCAUGAUGAUAAUGAUGAUGGCAUCAUUAACAAUACCUAUCAAGAAGAACAGCUCAAAUUUCCUGUUGAUGAAGCAGACCAAGACAUGGAAGACUUGAUACAAGACAUCUUAGAAAACUAUGACCACAUUAAAAAAGAUGAUGAUCAUGAAAGCGCACAAGAGGUACACCAUGAUGACCUUUCUGUAAACAAUCAUAGCUUAUCUGAACAAGAUAACACUGGAACCAUCCAGGAAACCAGUGUCACGUCAAGUGAUACUAAUUCGUCAAAUACCGAUCACCACCUUGAAAAACAAACAUACGAAAAGGAAAAUCUAAAAGAAGAAAAUUGGACAACGAGUUACGUAAGGCAAAUGCCUGAAUUUGGUCCGUGGGAAUUGGAUGCCUCAGAUGAUGUGUUCAUUCAGAGUGAAAAAGAAGAUGAAGAAAGAUUCUGUACGGCCCUAAAUGAGGAGAUCAUGUCAGAUGACUCUUCAUAUGUCAGUUGUGAGUCAUUAUCGUAUACCGUCUCAGAGUCUUCCACUACUGCAAGUAAUGACAGUUACUUCAGCUCGCAAGAAUCAUUUCCCCAUGGCUUAAGUUCAUCUUCUCAUGACGUUACAAUGCCUGGAUCUGUUGAUAUCAUCCUUCACGAACAAAUUCACAAACCCCAGACAAACACAACCAACAGUAGCAACAGCGGUAGCAACGAUAGUCGAUCAACUCUCAGACCUCGUUCUAAUAGCAACAGCAGUGAGACGUCAAUGCCAAGCUUUUUCCCAUCCGCUUCAAGAGGGCUUGUGCGAAGUCAGGUUAGCUCUGGGUCUGGGAGUUUGUCUUCAGCAACAAGCUGUGGUGAGGAACUCCAGUGGCAGAAGGGAAGCGUCCUGGGAAAAGGAGGCUUUGGAACCGUAUAUCUUGGUUUAGUUAACACUGGUGAAAUGAUUGCAGUCAAACAAGUGGAGCUAAACAAUAAAGAUGAAAGUGAGGCUGAAAAGCAAUACGACAAACUGCAAGAAGAAGUUUCAUUAUUGAAGUCUCUACGCCACCAAAAUAUUGUCAAGUACAUUGGAACGUGUCUAGAUGACAAUUCUGUUGUGAAUAUCUUCAUGGAAUUCGUACCUGGAGGUUCAAUUGCACAGGCACUGAAAAGAUUUGGAGCCUUUGUGGAACCAGUCUUUCAGCGAUAUACAAAACAGAUUCUCUCAGGGGUGGACUACUUGCACAAGAAAAACGUUAUCCACAGGGACAUCAAGGGUGGUAACAUAAUGUUAAUGCCCAAUGGAGUCAUUAAGCUCAUUGACUUUGGGUGUGCCAAAAGACUCUGUAUGAGUUUAAGCCUGAGUAGGAGUAGCAUAAUGCACUCAAUGAAAGGAACACCCUACUGGAUGGCACCUGAAGUCAUCAAGGAGACCAGUGGACAGGGCACCAAAUCUGAUAUCUGGAGUAUAGGAUGCACUGUGUAUGAGAUGGCCACAGGGAACCCACCAUGGUCACCCAUGGAUCCAUUUGCCGCCAUGUUUGCUAUUGGUAAUGGCAACACUGUUCCUCAACUCGAUAAUUCAUUUUCUGAAGCUGCAAGAAAUUUCACUGCUGCUUGCAUGACCAGGGAACCUAGUGCAAGACCUUCUGUAUGUGAACUGCUACAGCAUGAAUUCAUCUCACAAUUAUUGUGAUAUAAAUUUGAACCAAUAGGAUGUUGCAUGAUGGCGUCAUUGACCUCUACUACCAGACAGACUCCCUUGCACACUUUCUUUUGUUCAGUUAAUUAGUACCAAUUGUCUUACUAUUUUCAUGAGGGAAUAUAAAUUUAACUAAGAAAGAAAAUUAGUGAAAUGAUGCCAUCAUCCUAUUGUCUCUAGGACACUAAAAUGACUAAGUUAUUUUGUACAGGUCUAAAUCUUAAAGGAAUGCUCAUAGUUUUUGGUAAAUGUUUCAAUAAAUUUCAAUUCUUUCUCAGGAAAUGUCCGAGUAAAACUUGUAAAUCCUAGCUCAAACGAGAAUAUAAAUUCUGUUAAAAAAUUGUAUUAUAUUGUUAGUAAUAUAUUUUUCAUGGAGGAAGUUGUAAAAAGAGAAAUCUAGCAUUAUUAAUCAUUUUGUAAUUUAUCAUACUUAUGUAAAAUCGAAAUCCAAAAGAUCAAAAUUUGUAGGAUAUAACAUAUUUUUGGAUAAAG